UUUCACGGAUGCUUAGCGCUAGUCAAUUACAAAUUCUCACAGUGUUAUGAUUACAAUUUAAUUAUGUCUUACAUAUUCAUCUGGUGUAUUUCUAUCUACAAGUAAUAAAUAAAUACGAUCAAAAGAACAGGUUUCAACUUUUUUAUACAUCAAAAUGUCCAAUUCAAAAGAACAGUUAUCCAUGAUCUUAAAUGACUUUGAAACGCUCACUCAAGCGUUGCUUUUGAGUUAUUUUGCUCCCAAAAAUCAAAGGAUUAAUGAAGAUAUUAAGCUUAGUUGUACUCAAAUUAUUGAUUUGUUCAUAAUUAAACAAAAAGAAUUACAAAGACUCUUGAUUGAAAUUAAAGAGAAGGUAAUAAUUCAAAAAGAGAUAGAAACAUUGAAGAAAGCAGUAAGCUCUAAAGACCAAGUAAUAAUAAGCCUGUGGUCAGAAUUGAAAAAGGCCGAGGAAAUUUUAAGAGAAACCAUGCGUAAAGCUGCAGAAAAACUUCAAGCUAUGAGGGAGGCCAAAACUAAACCCGUUGAUUCAAACGAUUUGAUAAAAUACGCUGCAAAACUAAGCACCUAUGACAAUGCUAUAACAUCACCUUUGGAUUGGCAACCGAGUGAUCCAAGACGUCCUUAUCCAACAGAAACGGAGAUGAAAUCAAGCUUAUUUUACGAAGAUACUAACAAGUCUAAUCCCAAGGACACUAAAAAGUUUACAGGGUACACAGUAUUAACGCCAAGUAGUCGUAUACCCAGUGGGUAUUACCCAUGUUAUCAUUUCAGACCACGUCAUUCUGAUUAAUUUUUUAAUGAUGAUGUAUCCCCAUAAAUAUCAAAGCAUUACUAGAUUGAAAUUGCCUUCUCUCGACACGACUUCGAAUUGGAGUUGAAAUUUCCCGCUCUAGCAGGAGUCAAAUGUAUCUUAUAACCUAAAUAAUCUUGAGAUAUGCCAAAGCAGCUGAGGCCUGAGCGCCGAGUAGUUGAUUGUUUACUCACAAAAGUGAACUGAAUUUCAAAGCAGUUUUGUAUUUAGUUUAUUUUCAAAAAAUGGAAGAAGAUUCAAGUAAUUUGCCACACAAAAAAAUUACAUUGCUUUUCAUGGACGAAGUCUACAAAUUAGAUAAAGAAAAAUUAAUGUCUGAGUGCGAAUAUUUCAGGACAAUGUUUAAUCAAGCGUUUAGUGAUUCCAAAGACGAUAUUAUCAAAAUCAAAUUUGCUUUUCGACCAGACUCUUUUAAGGACUUUUGCACUUGGAUGGAAAAAGAUUCACCCCCGGCCGACCUCGAGAUUCCACGAAUACCCGGAAAAAGUUGCUUGGAGCAUCUCGAGUACAGCGAGGACUACGAUCACUUCGAUCGACUUCGAAACCUUCUGGAAAUCAGUCUCGUGUAUCACGCCAAUAAUUUGAUUCGCGAUCUCACCUCCAUCGUCGCUCAACACUGGCUCAACAGUUGCUCGAAGAAUCAGCGCUAUUUCUUUGACAUUUGGAUCUCGUCGUUGGAGCUGCGCUUUCCCGAAUUAGCCGAUCUUGCCAAAUUUCUCUGUUGCCAGAAUCUGCGAUCGCUCGAUCAAAGCCUGUUUUCGAGAAAAGAAUUGACUCACGAACGUUUCGUAUCCCUCAUGGGUAGCGUUCACCAUACAGCCUCGAAAGAAUAUCUUUCGAACGUAAUCGAUGCUCGAUUGUCCGUGGAAGCCGACGAUUUGAAGCGCAAAGAUCUCAACGAUUUAUUAAAUAGAAUUAAACUUGCCAAACGUGAGUCAUGGACGAUGAAUUGUUUUUUCGUUGACACGACUAAAAAAGAAGGAUCUGAUUUUGUUAUCUCGCGCGAUAUUUUCAGUUUAAGGCCAAAGAAAUGUGUUGUGAACCCGCACAACAAAUUCGAAAGAUUGAUAAAUGUUUGGAAAACGAUGUGUGGAGAUAACAAAGAUCUUGUGGGCGCAGGAAUUAUAGGCAAAGGUAGCAACAUUUUCAGGGUCGGUGGCGAGAUACGAAUCGGCUCCAACAAGUUUCUAUUGAACGUCGGCCGCUACUGCCUGAUAACCAAGCGCUGGUACUACUUGACGAGGCUUCGAACUCCUCGCCGACACAUGGGUCUCGCGAUCAGCAACGAUAAACUGAUCGUCAUUGGCGGCGUCGGACGUUACCGAAUGAAGCAGUCCUCGAUAGAGAUGCUCGACAUGACGGAGAACACGUGGACGCGCGGGCCCGAACUACCCGAAACCUUCACCGACAUACCGGCCUGCUGCGUCGUUCGGGGCAUGGUCGUCAUUCACAUUUCGCGACUCUACAUUUUUAACCCUCUCAAAAACUCGUGGAUCGGUAUACAGAGCAAUCUCCAUCCUAAUUUACUGCUUGGAGUUCGUACUUUUGGAGUUCACGGAGAUACGGUUUACUUUGUUACCAGCGAAUUCGAGCAAAUUUUGGCUUUCAAAAUUCAGUGGGUUCGAGACGCUUGCGAGCACGACGAUGGAGACUGCGAAUGCGACAUCGUUGGCGCAAUAAUAUCUCAAACGCAAGUAAGCCAAAACCAAGAUCUUGGGAUACUUCUGAACAUGACCAUCGCCAAUGAAAUUCAAAGUGUGGCCUUUUGCAACGAAGUCGAUGAUCUCUUUAAUUUGGUGUCCACGACGGAUAGUUUUCAAAAGACGAGUGUCGAGUACAGUCGAAUCGACGAAAGUAAAAAAUUGGUUGAAAAAUUUGCACUCAAAGAUUUUCCAUCGUUUGUUUUUAUUGGAAAUGGUUUUCAAGUUAUUGAUCCAGAUUAUAUUAAUUUGAAUCACAUGGAAGUACCUUUGAAUGAUUAAUAUUGUUCACUCGUAUUUCUAAGUAUUAGUAUCAAAUGAUGAAGUUAUCAUAACAUUUGUGGUAAAAUAUUUGACCUAAUACAUGUUAUUGCUGUUAUUUUCAUCGCAAAAACUCAAAGUACUGCGAGAUGUUAGAAAUAAAUUAACAUCGACUAUUGAGCUGUAUCAGCUCACGAAAAAAUUAUACAUUAUAAGGAAUCAUUAGCUAAAUUGAACAAGUGUAAAAAAUGUAUUUUAAAUAACUUUUUACGAAUAAAAUAUGCA